ACGCAAACAUGGCGCUGCCCCUCACAAAAAUGGCUACACCCAAGCCCCUCCGCAGCCAGCAAUAGACGCGCCCUCUACAAACAUAGCGCCCCCUGCUUAACCAACGCGCCCUGCACAAAGAUGUCUGAACAAACCGACCGCGGCAAGUGCCCCGCAUAAAGAUGGCGCCGCCCCAUUCAUCCUUCCUCCCCCGCCCAUAGCUCGUGGAGGGAGCGCUGAAGGCGGCCAUGCCGGCUGGGUGAGGUCAGUUCCGGGGCGGAGCAGCCCGAGUGGUGCAGUCAGGGCCAAACAAAAGGAGCCCGAGCAAAGGGGACGAAGCCGGUCAGGCGCUGCCAGGGAAGCUGCUCCCAUGGCGCUUGGGGAAUGCAGUGUUUCUAUGCUCUGUCAGGAUCCAGCACAUACAGACAUCAUCCUCUUCCAGCACAGAGAAUUGAACUGCAGAUAGCAGAAUCCAGCCACAGGGUGAACCAUGAUUCCUGUCACUGAACUGCGCUAUUUUGCUGAUACCCAGCCAGCAUACCGCAUCCUGAAACCAUGGUGGGAUGUCUUCACGGACUACAUUUCCAUAGUCAUGUUGAUGAUUGCAGUAUUUGGAGGGACGCUUCAGGUCACCCAGGACAAAAUGAUCUGCUUGCCCUGCAAAUGGGUUACCAAAGACUCCUGCAAUGACUCUUUCAGAGGUUGGACAGCUGCAAUUCCAGACCCCACUUACUAUAACUCUAGUCUUGUCCCAUCUCAGGACACUGGGCCUACAGGGAUCCGAUAUGACCUAGACCGGCACCAGUAUAACUAUGUGGAUGCAGUGUGCUAUGAGAAUCGCCUUCACUGGUUUGCCAAGUAUUUCCCUUACCUGGUGCUGCUACACACUCUGAUCUUUUUGGCUUGCAGCAAUUUCUGGUUCAAGUUCCCACGGACCAGCUCCAAGCUGGAGCAUUUUGUGUCUAUUCUGCUGAAGUGUUUUGACUCCCCCUGGACGACAAGAGCACUGUCUGAGACAGUGGUGGAGGAGAGUGAUCCCAAGCCUGCAUUUGGGAAGAUGAAUGGCUCCAUGGACAAGAAAUCUUCCACGGUCAGUGAGGAUGUGGAAGCCACUGUCCCAAUGCUACAGAGAACAAAGUCGCGGAUUGAGCAAGGGAUUGUCGAUCGCUCUGAGACGGGCGUCCUGGACAAGAAAGAAGGGGAACAGGCCAAAGCGCUUUUUGAGAAAGUUAAAAAGUUCCGCACACAUGUGGAGGAAGGAGACAUAGUCUAUCGCCUCUACAUGAGACAAACCAUCAUCAAGGUGAUCAAGUUCAUCCUGAUCAUCUGCUACACUGUCUACUAUGUCAACAACAUCACGUUUGACAUUGACUGCAAGGUGGACAUUGAGAGCCUGACAGGUUAUCGCAUGUACCGCUGUGCUCACCCUCUUGCCACUCUCUUCAAAAUCCUAGCCUCUUUCUACAUUAGCCUGGUGAUCUUUUAUGGACUGAUCUGCAUGUACACACUCUGGUGGAUGCUGAGGCGAUCACUCAAGAAAUAUUCCUUUGAGUCCAUCCGGGAGGAGAGCAGCUAUAGUGACAUCCCUGAUGUCAAGAAUGACUUUGCUUUCAUGCUGCACCUGAUCGACCAGUAUGACCCCCUCUACUCCAAGCGAUUCGCUGUCUUUCUGUCUGAGGUGAGUGAGAACAAGCUGCGGCAGCUGAACCUCAACAAUGAGUGGACCUUGGAGAAGCUGCGCCAGAGGAUCACAAAGAACUCCCAGGACAAGCUGGAGCUGCAUCUCUUCAUGCUGAGUGGCAUCCCCGACACAGUUUUUGACCUUAUUGAGUUGGAGGUGCUGAAGCUGGAGCUCAUUCCUGAUGUUACUAUCCCACCAAGCAUUGCCCAGCUCACCAGCCUUAAGGAGCUGUGGCUCUACCACACGGCUGCCAAAAUUGAGGCCCCAGCCCUUGCCUUCUUGAGGGAGAACCUGAAAUCUUUGCACAUUAAGUUCACAGACAUCAAGGAAAUCCCUCUGUGGAUUUAUAGCCUAAAGACUUUGGAGGAGCUCCACUUGACAGGGAACCUGAGUGCAGAGAACAACCGUUACAUUGUGAUCGACGGAUUGAGGGAAUUGAAGCGGCUCAAGGUACUUCGGCUGAAGAGCAACCUCACCAAGCUGCCACAGGUGGUGACGGAUGUUGGUGUGCACCUCCAGAAGCUCUCCAUCAACAACGAGGGUACCAAGCUCAUUGUUCUCAACAGCCUUAAGAAGAUGGUCAACCUGACAGAGCUGGAGCUGAUCCGCUGCGACCUGGAACGCAUCCCGCACUCUAUCUUCAGUCUCCACAACCUCCAGGAGAUUGACUUGAAGGACAAUAACCUCAAGACCAUUGAGGAGAUCAUCAGCUUCCAGCACCUACACCGUCUCACUUGCCUUAAGCUGUGGUACAACCAUAUCGCCUACAUCCCCAUGCAGAUCGGCAACCUCACCAACUUGGAGCGCCUUUACCUUAACCGCAACAAGAUAGAGAAGAUACCCACCCAGCUUUUCUAUUGCCGGAAGCUGCGGUACUUGGAUCUCAGCCACAAUAACUUGACUUCCAUACCAGCAGACGUUGGGCUACUGCAGAACCUGCAGAACCUAGCUGUGACAGCCAACAGGAUUGAGAGUCUCCCACCUGAGCUCUUCCAGUGCAGGAAGCUGCGGACCUUGAACCUGGGAAACAAUGUGCUGCAAUCACUGCCAUCUCGGGUGGGCGAGCUGACCAACCUGUCCCAGAUAGAGCUGCGGGGAAACCGCCUGGAGUGCCUGCCGGUGGAACUGGGGGAGUGUCCUCUACUGAAACGCAGUGGGCUGGUGGUGGAGGAGGACCUGUUCAACACCCUGCCUCUGGAGGUCAAGGAGCGGCUGUGGAGGGCGGACAAAGAGCAAGUCUGAGCUGCUGACAGGAA